CAGGGUCCUGGGAGACUAGAUAUAGUGAAUGCAUGGUCCAGGGAGACCAGAUAUAGUGAAUGCAGGGUCCGGGGAGACCGGAUAUAGUGAAUGCAGGGUCCGGGGAGACCAGAUAUAGUGAAUGCAUGGUCUGGGGAGACCAGAUAUAGUGAAUGCAUGGUCCGGGGAGAGCGGACAUACUGAAUGCAGUGUCCGGCUCAGAGACAGCAGCAGGAGCCACUGGCUCCUGCAGCUCUCAAUCAUAUCCUGGAAGUUGGGAGCUGGGGGUCUUGCUCUGGUGGCACUCAGAGAAGGGGAGGAGCCAGGAGAGCCAGCAGGGGGCCCCAGAAGAGGAGGUUCAGGACUG